UUCCUGAACCGAGUGUAAGUAAGGAAUACCUGAAAAUCAAUGUAGAGCACGCAUGCGCGCCUCUUCGCGCUUGACAGCUAGAUUGGCCGGCGAUAUUUUGUUGAUAAUCCCAUAAAUAACACGAUAAAGCCAUCUCACAUUGUAAAAAAAAUUACCUAAAACAAAACAUGUUUAAUCUAAUAACAUUCCACGUUACUUGAAUGUAGGUAACGAAAAUAACGACCAGUGAUCGUGAUUCUAAAAAUAAAUCUUGCCAUUUAUUACAAUCACGUAAUGUGAUUUUGUGACAAUAAUAUUUCAAUUGGUCAUGUCUGAUUAAACGUGUAAACGUGCAAAUAGCAUAAAACAACGAUAUGUGGGACAGGUGAAGCGUUUAGUUUAUUUCUAGUUAAUCAUUGUCAAGAAAACUGCUAGGAAAUGAAGUUGUUUUAAAAUGAGUGAUUGUAAGUGAAGUAAGAUGAACGAGACGCUCGGGCGAGGGUACGCACGGAUAGAGGCGAUACGAGCAGCACGAAGGGAGCCUCUUGGGAACAUGGAGCCCGGUGCUCCGCCCCCGGAUAGGUACAACUCUGUGUACUUUACGCUGUUCGUCGCUGGCGCAGCUUUCCUGUUGCCCUUUAAUAGUUUCAUAAUGGCAGUGGACUACUUUCAACACCACUACCCGAACACCACCAUAAUGUUUGACAUGUCGACUGUCUACAUCGCUUCGGCUUGCGUCGCGGUGGUGGCUAACAAUCUACUAUUGGAUUUGUUUACAUACAACACUAGGAUCACUUUUGGUAUCCUAGUGUCCCUGGCAACGAUGCUAUUCGUGGCCGUGUGCAACAUCGGCUGGGAUGGGUUCUCGACGCGCGUGUCGUACACCAUCAACCUGGUAGCCAUUGGGGUAGUCGCGUUCGGGUGCACCGUGCAGCAGGCCUCGUAUUACGGGUUCACUGGGUGCCUACCGCCGCGCUACACGCAGGCUGUAAUGGCGGGAGAGAGUGCUGCCGGUUUCUGGGUAUCACUAGACCGUAUCGUAACAAAGUACGGUUUCCGCCAACCGCGCCGCAGCACCUUCAUGUUCUUCGUAUUCUCCAUCCUGAUAUUGCUGGGACACUCCAUGCUGCACCACGUGAUGAUGAAGCACCCUCUCGUACUGCAUUAUCUGAGGCUGACCAACGAGUCCCGGCACCGGCGAAGAAUACAGUUACAUCUUAACCCUAACGAAGAUGCUACAUUGAUGGAAGGAGAAUCAGGCGAUGGCAGUUACGGAGUGUUGAAAUUGCAGAGUCCAGCUCUGUCAACUACCGGGCAAGGAGACAUAGAAACCAAUACAUUCAGCUUCGCCAACCCGCUGUACUCGCCGACGGUAUCGGCGCCAGUGCCGCUGUCCACGCCGAGCGCCUCCGAGCCGGCCACUUCCCCUCCGGCGGUUCUGCGCACCCCCCGCCCCUCCUACAAGGUCGAGGAUGUCGUGUUCGAGACCCCUGAAAGGCCUACAUCGUGGAGGGCUUUUAAACGAGGCGUAUUAGCACGUUGGGCGGUAGCCCGGUCUAUCUACCCCUACAUGGUAUCCAUCGGGCUGGUAUACUUCACCACACUAAGCCUGUACCCCGGCAUCGCUUCAGAAGUCCCGUCCUGCCGUCUCGGUGACUGGAUGCCCAUCAUACUCAUGUCAGCGUUCAAUCUCUUUGACUUUAUUGGAAAGAUAGCAGCCGCGUGGCCAUAUGAGUGGAGCCGCAGCCAGCUGCUGAUGGCAAGCGGCGUGCGGUUGCUGCUGGUGCCGCUUAUGCUGCUGUGUGCCGCGCCGCGCCACUCGCCACAUAUCGUAGGAGAUUUUUACCCUAUCAUGUUCUCCGUCGUAUUGGGUUUUACCAACGGGGUGUUCGGAUCUGUGCCUAUGAUCAUGGCACCUUCGCGAGUCGGCCGUGAGCAUCGUGAAAUUGCUGGCAAUAUGAUGACUCUUUCCUACAACGGUGGCUUACUCUCCGGCUCGCUAGUGUCUUACCUCCUGUUGGGUAUGCUUGGCGCACCAACCGGCGCCCCGUGCCGCGCCUAUCCCACACCUGUGCUGCCAACUAUCGCGACCACCACGCCGCACUCUAACCUCACUACAGUACAUUAACACAACGCACCGUCCGGCUCGCUGAUGUCUCCUGUUAAGGCAUGCACGGCGCCCCGUGCGGCGCCUAUCCCACACCUGUGCUGCCAACUAUCGCGACCACCACGUCGCACUCUAACGUCACUACAAUACAUUACCACAAUGUAUUACUGUCCGGCUCGCUGAUGUCUCCUGUUAGGUAUGCUCGGUGCCCUGUACCACGCAUUCCAAGUAUUCCAACCCCACAGUACAUUAACAAUACAACGGCGGUACUGUCCGGUUUGCUGGUGUCGUAUGCUGUACCCCUAAGGGCCGAUACAGACGGACUGCAACCCGACUGCAAUUUGUAUGCGAACUGCACGCCGACUGCACCUCAACUAACGCCUUUUUUCAUACUCAAUAGCAUGAAGAAGAUUAAACAGUUCAAGAGAUAACUCUGCUACGAACUGCUACGCUCCCGUAGCGAAUUAACCCCGCGUGUAGAUGAAAGAGAAAAAUUGUGCUACGGCGUUGAUACUGUAGCAAGUGUAGCGAGUAGCGACAAUAUGACGUCAACUUACAGGGGCGGCAUUCAAAAAAAAUAUCCAGAACAUCAUCGAAAAUCUAUUUCAAUAUUC